ACAGUUAAAGGUGGGGCCAGCUCCACAAACAGGCGCACACACUCUUUACUCAGACCUGGGCACACUCGCUCCCCUAACCUGGCGGGGCGCGGGUGGGGGCUCUGCGGGCCACACGCUGGGCCUGCGCCCUCUGCACCCCAGGCCCCCGCUGCCUGGCCCGGCGAGGUCGCACACCCCACUGCCCCAUCGCGGCGCGCCGAGCCCCUCUCCGAGCGCACACACGCUCCCGCGCGCACACACCUCGGACAUUCCCAUAGUGCCUCACGUGACUCGCGCCCGAACGUGCCCACCCUUCCCACACGCUCACGCACGCGUGCACACUCGCGCGCACAAACACAGGGCCUCGGGCCACUUCCAACUCCAUCCCGGCCCGUCGUCGCAGCCCCGCAAAGGCACUCGCUGGCUGUGGCUCACCCACACCCAUUCACAGACACACUCCCCCCACGCGCCAGCCACAGACACACAUUCAUAAACAGGGCCGGCGAAGCGCACACCCCCUCCCCGCGCCUACUCCUUCGGGAGCCCUGAGUCAUCCCUGCCCCCUCCCAGGGCUCCCCACGUUCCUGUGUGCAGACACACAGGGCCAGACUGGGGAACCUCCGGUGGCCCUUUUUCCCUGAGCCCAGCCCCCUUCCCCCCUGUGCUCCCUCUGACACUGGGCCAAGGACUUCCUGUAGGUCCUGGGUCAGGGGUGUGGGGGGCCUGGAGGGCUGCCACAGCCUUUUGUGCGUGGGGAGGCACUUCCUCUUCCUGAACUCUGGGAUCCUGCAGGAGGAAGUUGGGCAGUUGGGCGGGGGCCUCAGAGGAUGUGCUGUGCUGACCAGACCCUCCCAGAAGCUCUGGGCCUUCCUUAGGGAAGAGCUAGAGGGCUAGAGGCCUGAGAUGAGGAGCUUGGCAGAGAGGUCUUCUGGCUUCUGGAAGGCGCCCCUUCCUGCUGCUGGCCUGGCUCACUGGUUCCUACUUGUCACCCCUCUCCAGUCCUCACCUCGUCUCAACCCCUUCCCCCAAAGGCAGCAGAGAUGAUGGGGUUUAGUAAUCUGGGAGGGGCCUGUUGUGAGGGUGCAGGGAAGGGAGGUGUCAGAGAAGUGCUCCAGGCUGGCCUCCCCACCAUCGCCCCUGCUCUCCCAGGAGGCCCAGGGGGGUCCGUGGCCCAGGCCUUUGCCAUGGAGUCCAUGUUUGAAGAUGACAUCAGCAUCCUGACCCAGGAGGCCCUGGGGCCCAGUGAGGUGUGGCUGGACGCCCCUGAAGAUCCCUCACUAGGGGGGGACAUGUGCUCUGCCUCCCACUUUGCCCUCAUCACAGCCUAUGGUGACAUCAAGGAGCGGCUGGGGGGCCUGGAGAGGGAGAACGCCACCCUGCGCAGACGCCUCAAAGUCUAUGAGAUCAAGUACCCGCUGAUCAGUGACUUUGGAGAGGAGCAUGGCUUCUCCCUGUAUGAAAUCAAGGAUGGCUCCCUGCUAGAGGUGGAGAAGGUCAGCCUGCAGCAGCAGCUCAACCAGUUCCAGCAUGAGUUACAGAAGAAUAAGGAGCAGGAAGAACAGCUCGGGGAGAUGAUCCAGGCUUACGAGAAACUCUGUGUGGAGAAGAACGACCUGGAAACAGAACUGGGGGAGAUGCGGGCCCUGGUGGAGACCCACCUGCGGCAGAUCUGUGGUUUGGAGCAGCAGCUGCGGCAGCAGCAAGGCCUGCGGGAUGCAGCCUUCCCCAGCCUGAGCCCCCCACCAGCCCCCGCCCCUCCCUGUGCUGAGCUGGACCUGCACUACUUGGCAAUGAGAGGGGGAUCUGGCUUGAGUCAUGCGGGCUGGCCAGGCCCCUCACCGAGCAUGAGUGACCUGGAGCGCAGGCGGCUGGAGGAGGCUCUGGAGGCUGCCCAGGGAGAGGCCCGGGGGGCCCAGCUUCGGGAGGAACAGCUCCAGGCUGAGUGCGAGCGGCUGCAGGGGGAGCUGAAGCAGAUGCAGGAGACCAGGGCCCAGGAUCUGGCCUCCAAUCAGUCGGAGCGGGACAUGGCGUGGGUGAAAAGAGUUGGGGACGAUCAGGUGAAUUUGGCACUGGCUUACACGGAGCUGACGGAGGAGCUGGGCCGCCUCCGGGAGCUGAGCGCCCUGCAGGGGAGGAUCCUGAGGACCCUGCUUCAGGAGCAGGCCCUGAGUGGCGGUGAGAGGGAGCUCGGCAGGCACGGGAUGAUCGAGAACUUGGAUUUCUCGAGCUUCCGGCCUCACUGGGAGCCAGCAGAGGAGAGAGAACAGGCAGAGCUCGGCAACAGGUCCAGGGUGGCGGGAGCAUCGGGUGCGCUGCAGGUGCUAAUCUCUCCUGGGCUUCAGGAUGGCAAGGCAGGGACUGUGCUGGAACUGCAGUUUGAGGGGCUGCAGGAACACAACGGAGCAUCUUCCCUCGGGCAAGUGGCCGAGGUGGCCUGGAUGGAGGGGCCGCUGCAGCAGGCUGAGUUCUGCACGAACACUGAGCACUCGGCCUCCACCUGCUCAGUGGGGCUCGCUGGGCUGCCCAGCUCCGGCCCGCCUCCUCUCUCUGCCCUGCGUAUGCCCGUCCCAGACCGCCGCUAG